CUUUGUCUGCCCUUUGAACAUUCAAUUUCUAUAUUAAAGGCUGGCCAUAGAUCAGCCAUCUCAAAAUUAUCCUUUCCUUUCUCUAAAAAAAAUGGAUUUACGUCAUAAUCCUUUUCCUGGUACCUUGAAGAGAUACUGGAGAAGAAGGCGAUAUGAAAGACUCAACGGCGAAGUGACCAGGAACAAAAAGAACGUAAAAAUCAAAAGGUUUCGAGGUGGAUCGCGAAGGUUUUGGAAGAUCAAAGCUGUACCAAAGCUGCGUUGGAAGAUAAUUGCUUCGUCUAUAAAGCUUUUGACGAAGCUCAAAAAUGCUUAUAUGAACAUGAUGAUCAAUUUGGCUGGGAACGUUGGCCACUUGAAUAACGAUAAUACGUUCGGAGGAAAACGAAUUCCUAAAGCUCGAAAAGUUCCUAUGAUUUAUUCCAGUAAUGAGUUUGAAGAAAGGUUGGUUUAUGAGAUUUACAAGGCUUUAAUAGCUACUCGAGAAUUAUACGGGUAGAACAACAAUUGUAACAUAUAAUUGUUAAUUAUUUUCCCAGUUUAUACAUGGUUUUUUUUUUUUUUUUCAUAAUUUACAGAUGCAUUAACUCAAUAUACAACUUCUCAUUCAACUUAUCUUUUUCAUGGCUUAUUAAAUUUUUUAAGAUU